AUGGCUACAACAAUAGCUUGUGAUUUUUCUUCUUUGGAAUCUCUUCAACACUACUUGCUUGAGCCUGAACAUGUUUCAUCCUCUUACAAUCCAUUUCCAAGCCCUACCAUUAACCAUGAUGCCAGUAAAUCAUCAGCAUGCAAAAGGGUUACACCUGCGGCGGCGCGUGAGGUUCACGCGCCACCGAGAUGGAAGCACUACAGGGGCGUGAGGCGCAGGCCGUGGGGGAAGUUCACGGCGGAGAUAAGGGACCCGAAUAAAAACGGUGCAAGGGUUUGGCUUGGGACUUAUGAGACUGAAGAGGAAGCGGGUUUGGCUUUUGAUAGAGCUGCUUUCAAGAUGCGUGGAAGAAAAGCCAAGUUGAAUUUUCCCCACCUUAUUGGCUCCCACGCGCCGCCGCAGGAAGAGGUGAGGGUGGUGGAAGCUUCGAAGCGGAACUCGCCAGAGCCUUGUUCACCGCCUUCACUGGCUUCGGAGUCACAGGGGUCAAAGAGGAGGAAGAACUUAGCAGAUGUACUAAAUAGGUUAGCCAAGAAUAGAAACCAAGUACUGAAGGUGUUUGAAAUUGGUUCAGAGGCAAAUGGUAAUUGCGAUGUUGAUCAAUGGUUGAAUGAUUGUGGUGUAAUCUGGUGUUCAUAA